AAAGAUCUGUCGCCGCGUGCUGUCAUUCUCGUGUUCUUCGGUAUCCAUCCGCUGUGUUUUCUGAUAGUCCCAUUUUUCAUCCGGAAUAGGCAAACUGGAUGGGAUAGACGGGCCUGUCUUCCAAUAUCAAAUAGCUGAGAGUUACAACGUCAUGGGUCCUUCGUCUUCUGAGACCACGGAGAUACAAAGCCAUGGGUCCAUCGUCUUCUGAGCAAUAGAUGAAUAACCUGUGUUGUCAGUAUAACAUCUGAUUCUCGAAGAAUGGUUUCAUAAAUAUUCAUUAGCCUUUAGAUAUUUUCCAAUCUUGGACAGCACACAAAAUCGUAUAAUUGUUCCUGAUGAAUUCAUUUCUCUUGACAACAGAUUUAUCACGAAGGGAUUAGCAUCCGAGGUUAUAGUUCCAUGGUGAUAUUGUGUUUUUACUAGCAAACCUGAGCUACAACGUCGCCAUAUUCAGAGUCGCCAUGGCAACGUGUUGUGUCCGAGGAAAGUCUUCAGAGACAACCGGUUAGUUCGUGUGAGUGUGGAUUUAAUCAUAAGUUUGUUCAGUGCGAAAGAGGAUUAACGAAAUAUUGAGAAAAAAUCAAAUAACAGAUGGAGUGAACAUUUAUAAUUUCAUAACAAAUUGUUUAGAAAUGUUUUGAAAUUCAAUAAUGUAGAAUAGUGUCUUUCCUGGAAUUUAUAUGCACAAGUUGGUGUUUACGAUUGGAUGUUAAAGGGAGAUUUGACAGGAUGAUGACAGGAUUGGUAGCGAAAUUCUCUUGCGUUUUACGUGGUGUUCGUGGAUAAUACAAUAUAAACUACAUGCGCUGUGGGCUGUAAAAAUGUAUGAAAACUAGAGAGUGGAUGUGGUCAUGGCGACGUCACCAACAACUAGUAAACCUCCGGAAAAGGUGAACCACUCCAAAUCGUUAGAUGAUGAGGUAGAAAUAUUAGAGAAUGGCGGAUUAAGUCCCCAGUUAUCGCUCAGAACAGAUGACGACACGUGUUCUGAGAUCAUUCGAAUCGAACAACAAAGCUAUGACGAGCCCCAACAGGUGUCAGCACUGGAGCGGAUCGCUCGCACGUUACAGGUUAUAAAAUCCUGGGCAUCAGGGAGAUGGCGGUCUCGGACCUUACCACAGCGGCCGGAUUCCUUCCUGGAGAGGGUUGCCAUGGGUGGCCAGGACAACAAGGACGCCCAUGGAGACAGAAAGGCCCGCAAGAUCUCCGACAUUAGGUACUGGAAGGGAUUCGUGGUGGACCCGUCACAGCGAUUCUAUUACCGAUGGUUGUUCGUCAUUUCCUUGUCUGUCCUCUAUAAUGUCGUCUUCAUCAUCCCACGGUCGGUGUUCUGGGAGUUACAGACGAGUUAUCUUCCCCUCUGGCUGGCCCUUGACUACCUCAGCGACACUCUUUAUAUCAUCGAUAUGGGCAUCUCAUCUCGGACAGGUUACCUGGAGGAAGGACUCCUUGUCCGGGAUGCAACAAAGCUGCGAAAGCACUACACCUCCUCGACGAUGUUUAAGACGGAUAUCUUAAGCAUAAUACCAACAGACCUGUUCUACUUUUUAAUAGGGCUCGAUAAACCAGAGCUAAGAUUUAAUCGAAUCAUUCGAUUCAACCGUCUUCUUGAGUUUUUUGACAGAACGGCUACAAGGACUAGCUUUACAAACAUGAUCAGGAUCAUGAAUUUGGUGCUGUACAUUCUGAUCAUCAUUCACUGGAACGCUUGUAUAUAUUUCGCCAUCAGCAACUCCAUAGGAUUCGGCUCAGACUUAUGGGUAUAUCCGAAUGUUUCCGAUCCAAAAUUCCAACCUUUGACCCGGAAGUACAUCUACAGUUUUUACUGGUCAACUUUAACCCUUACAACGAUUGGAGAAACUCCAGUUCCUGAGAAGGACGAGGAGUAUUUAUUUGUGGUCGUUGACUUCCUCAUCGGCGUUCUCAUCUUCGCUACCAUUGUCGGUAAUGUCGGUAGUAUGAUUACAAACAUGAAUGCUGCACGUGCAGAAUUCCAAGGGAAAAUGGACGGCGUCAAACAAUAUAUGGAGUUCCGUAAAGUUUCAAAAGAGCUUGAGCAAAGAGUUAUUAAAUGGUUUGAUUAUCUUUGGACCAAUAAGAAGUCGUUAAAUGAAGAGGAAGUGUUGGCGUCACUUCCGGAUAAGCUCAAGGCAGAAAUAGCCAUACAUGUGCAUUUAGAUACGUUGAAGCGCGUGGCUUUGUUCCAGGACUGUGAACCUGGUUUACUUGUUGAGCUUGUACUGAAGCUCAAGCUACAGGUAUUUAGUCCAAGUGAUUACAUAUGCAGGAAGGGAGACAUUGGGAAAGAAAUGUACAUAGUUAAACGUGGACAAUUAGGCGUAGUUUCAGACGACGGCAAGACAAUUUUUGCCACUCUUAGAGAAGGUAGUGUGUUCGGUGAGAUUAGUAUAUUGAACAUUGCAGGCAAUAAGAACGGCAAUCGUCGUACGGCGAAUAUCAAGAGUACAGGCUACAGUGAUUUGUUUUGUCUUUCGAAAGAUGACCUUUGGGAGGUUCUUACUCAGUACCCGGAUGCAAAGAAGAUUUUAAUCGACAAAGGUAAGAAAAUCCUUAGAAAAGACAAUCUCUUAGAUGAAGAUCUCAUGAAAAAGGUCGAAGCGCAGCAAGAAACGACCGAACAAAAGCUGGACAGAAUAGAUUCUAGUCUGGACACUUUACAAACAAGGUUCGCCAGACUUCUUGCCGAUUUCAAUAGCACUCAACAAAGACUGAAGCAACGAAUCACGAGACUUGAAAAAGGCAUGGUGAAAGAUUCUGACGCCAUUUCUAAUAUUUCGUUCCUGGAUUCAUGAUGGAUGAGGCAGACAUCCCAUCCAUUAUAUGGUUAUCUAUAACUGUGAUCACAGCAAAUGUCAAUCAACAUCGACUAGAACCAGUUUUGACAAAAACGUGGUCGACACAGUUUCAGAGGCCACUCCAAUGCAAACAACAAAUCGGAGUUCGAUCAAUCUUACAAAACCAUCCACCUUUCGUCCUGUGCAUUAAUCAUGUCUCCUCUUUUACCCGUAAGUGAUCAUGUCUUUGUCUGCAAUGACCGAUUAGCGGAGUCAUUAAUAAUAAACGGGAAUAAUGGAUGCAAGAUUCAAUAACGACAGUGUCAGAAAGCCGGAAGUGACGUGGCCGGAAGUGGCGCGUCAAAUAUUAUUUAGCAUGCCGAGAAUGUCUUGUUAUAAUAUAGAACCGUCCAAUGAGAUUAUAUUUAAAUGUCAUAACGCAAGUUUCUCAUCUACUGGUCACUGUAAAUAUUUAUGUGCAUCGUUUAUUAAUAUACCCAAGAAGUCGUUCAGAAUUUAUCAAACAAUUGAAACUUGAAAAUUGUGAUACAAUUCCAUAAUUCCUAAUUUUGAAGAAGUUUUAUUUUUCGUUAUUUUCGAGAAUAGAAAAUAGUUAAUGAAAUCACAUACCUCUGAAAUAGAAUUAAUAGGGGUAAAUACAUGGUCUAUUCGAUAAUAUCUUUGAAAAACACUAAUUUUGGUUUAAGUCAUAUAAGCUGAAACAAAAAAUUGAACUAAUUAGAGAAAAUAAUUCUGUCAUCAUUAAUUUUCUGUUUUACAAAACCACGAAAAUUUGAACACACGAAAAAAAACCCUUUUUACAUUGGUUUGCAAUUAGUUUUAGCUUAACCCUAUCUCACGCCGAAUCAACUUUGUAUCGAGUUAAAAGUUAUUACAAAUAUAUUCUGUUUUUAUUGUUUAAUAUUGAUGGAAGAUAAUUUGUUUGGUACCAUGUAUGUAAGUUAUCUAUGAAACAAUAUCCAUCCUUUUAUGCCAUUACGUUUACAUGUAUAUUUUAAAACUGUUUUGUUUUGUUUAUUUAAAAUUUAUUUAUAAAUAUUUUGCACCAAACCAGUGUAUAUUGUUCGUGAUGGGUCUGGGUAGCAUUUUUAAAGUUUUAAUUGAGGAAAUAAAUCUGUUUGUGUUUAAGCUAAAGUUGUAAAUAGAAUACUGUGCCGGUAAAUAGUUAAUUAGAUAACGUUUGAAAACAUAAGACAAUACAGCCGAUGGUUGACAAUACGGCGCACAUGCAACACAACGCAAUUUGUAAUAACUUUUCAAAUGUCAUUAUAAGUAAUAAAUACGUAUUUUUCUCAUAGAAUCAGGUCGAAACAUGUACCAAGUGAAGAUUAUCUUUCCAUCUGAUGACAAUUUAUCCGGUAAAAAUAACUUUGAAUUUUUUAUUACAAAUUGCGUCGUUAUUACAAAUUACGUGGUGACACGGCGUGUUAAUUUGAAGAGAUGAGAGAAAAUGACGAUGGUAUACGUAUUCAAUAAAUGCUUUUGUUAGAUUACAAGAUUUUAAUACAAACUUAAUUUUACAACUAAAUUAAUUAAAAUCUUACUCUGAGAGGAAACCGGAGUACCUAUGUACCCAUUGAAAACCCACGUGGUCGGACAGAUGAUCCAAAAUCUGUCCUUGUCCGAUCGAAGGAUCGAACCCCGUACGCCUUGUCGAAGCGAUAGUGUUAUAUCCCCAACAACGUCCGACCAAACUUUAAUCAACUCUAGACAUUAAAGUACAGUAAAAGUUGAAUUUCGUGAAAUUCCGUUAAUAUACUGUAUAGUUGUCAAAAGUGCGCGGGUAUGACAUUUCGCGGUUAUUGAACAAGUCGCAACCACCUGACCGAAAGUGAAAUAGGUGUAUCUACAGGCAUAGUUUCGUUCACUUCAAUUAUAACCUCGUUCGGUUUACGGUACAUAUAAUUGCAGAUAUUUGUAAUAGGAAAGAGUAUUGAAAUACUGUACCCUGCCCGCGCUGGGGCUCGAACAAGCGACCUCUCGCUCUCAAGGCAAACCACU